UUGUUCUGGUACAAUAUGAUCAGCUCCAAGGUCACACCUGGUGUCAUUGCUGGCCACUCAGAACCCUUGACUGCAUCCGUAGGCAAAAGGGACACCGUGCAGUGUUUCUCCUGUGGUGGAUGCUUGGGAAACUGGGAAGAAGGAGACGAUCCUUGGAAGGAGCAUGCCAAGUGGUUCCCCAAGUGUGAAUUUCUUCAAAGUAAGAAGUCCUCAGAGGAAAUUGCCCAGUAUAUUAAAAGCUACGAGGGAUUUGUGCAUGUAACGGGAGAACAUUUUGUGAAUUCCUGGGUCGGAAGAGAAUUACCUAUGGUGUCAGCCUACAGCAAUGACAGCGUCUUCGCUCAUGAGGAACUAAGGCGGGACACUUUUAAGGACUGGCCCCAUGAAUCACCUGGGGCUGUUGAGGCUAUGGUCAGAGCAGGCCUUUUCUACACAGUGAAACACAGCCAGCAGCAGUAA